GGAAGAAGAGAGAUCGAGAGAUCAUGUCGCUGGCUUCCUGGUUUGGGUGGAAUGAACCCCCCAGUCGCAUUUCCCAGAGGAGCCCGACAGAAAUGGUGAUGGAGACCCUUAUGAUGGAGCUCAGCUGGCAGAUCAAGGAAGCUGAGAAACAGCAGCGGGAGCGAGAAAAUGAGUACCGCAAGAUAAAGUCGGGUGUCGAUUAUGGCUGGCUGGUUAGCCACCCAAAGCACAGCUAUGAUAUCAGCCCAGGGGAGCGCCUGCAGCUGGAAGACAUGUGCUCCAAAAUACAUCCCUCCUACUGUGGGCCCGUUAUUAUUAGAUUUCGGCAGCUUGUUGCUGAAUAUGAACCAGAGCCAUCGGAAGUAUCUCGGAUUUUCCGUUCUGUUCUGCACGAUGCCGCCGAGAAGAUCAAAGAGGAAGAAGAGGCAAAGAAGCUUGCGAGGCAAUGGAACACGAGGCAGAAAACCAGCCUCUCUCUCACGACCUUCAAAUCCCGAGCCAGGAUUUUGCCAUUCAGCAGUGAUAUUAAGACCAUUUCUGAAGACGUUGAGAGAGGCACUGAUCCGACCAGGAGAGUAUGGAGCAUGCCUGAAUUCAGGAGUACCAAGGACUACUGACUUUAUAGCCAUCAGAUUUCAGAAACAGAACCGAUUUAUUUAUUUAUCCAUCCAAUUUGGGACGAUUUUUUUGUCUUCUACCCAGUCAUCCCUUCUUUCUCGAUUCUGUGGU